CCACCAUCGAAGAUUCCCCUGGAAGAUGGAUGAAUGGGAGUACAGAUUGCAGGUCGUAUGGUGGUGGAGAGCCGCGGGAAGGCAUAGUCGCAUCGACAGAGGGACUCACGAUGGCUGCUCCUCGGUUCCACGAACCGUCGGCGUCGCACGCGGCCCACGGUCCGCUGCACGUCGGAGCUGCGAGCAGGAGUUGAGCGCACAAGACAGCCGCUACAGCCUGGCCUUGUCUUACCGCAACUGGCAUCUGGACCAGCGCAUCAAUCGCCUCAGCUAGGCCCGUCGAUCUGAGCUGGCGCCGAUUUCGGUCUGGAAUUCACAUGCCGAGCGCCAACUCGAGACCGUCUUGUCCUCGUGUCCUGGUGUCCUGGUGUCCUGCUGACGUAGAGGUCUCACGGGGUGCGGUCCGGCAGCCGCCAUGCUUGGCCCCGUCUCCCCGCUGGCUCCACGCGUGCAGUGCCGAUGCACCAGCAUUAGUGCAGACAGGCGGACAGAAAAGAGUGAAAACACCACUGCUGGGGGCAUAGCUAAGGCAUAGCACUGCUGAUUGGCUGACGGUCCUGCCAGCGGCGCGCUAGCGAUAGGUCGGACGGGCGCGGUUCCUGGCUGGGAAGAAAUGAAAGCACGGAGAAGAUCAUGGAGGAAAAAAAGGGCAGAAUUUCUCGUUAUAGCUUGCAUGGAUGUGGUCCAGACUCUGGACUCCAGAGUGUGGGCAUUCGCUGCAUUCAUAUCUACAUUUUGCAAGCCCACAGCGUCGGCUUCCGGUGGCGACAAACAGCCCCCUUCGCUAAAUACAGAAUUGAGCGCUUCGCUAAAUCCAGAUUUGGACCAAAACGAGAGCACGGCCAGGGUCUUCCUUGGUUGUGGAUGCCACCAGACUGCAACCCAACACUUUUUCCGCCGUUCCCAGAUCGUCGGGCGGUGUCGCUUCUUGGCUUCCUGCUCGUGCAAACCAUUGACGGUAGCUCCCUUUUGGUUCUGCGUGCUGCUGCAACUGCUGCGACGACUCCUUGGUUGGCUGAAUGGCGUCGACAGCAAUCGAUGCCUGACAUGUGAUGUGAAUCGCCAGCGCUCCCCUAAACUGCCAGCCUGGCCGCCUCGAUUCACCAACUCUGAGCCCUGAGUCGCGCAAUGACGGAGCACGAUGCCGGCCAUCAUCAAACUCGUCCCCACCGCCGGCAUCACCAGAAGCAUCACCAGAAGCAUCACCUGCAGCUGCUCAACAACCCCUACCAGCUCCCGCCCAGCCGCCAUCCCAACGCCAACGCCCACCACGCAAACGACAGCCAUGCCGCGAGCUUGAACACGCCCGUAAGCAGGCUAAGCAGGCCUCCUCCGCCGACCCUCCCAGCCGCGAGCGGCGGUAGCAACGCCAGCCCCAGCAGCGCCGCAAACGCCCUGAACCCCUUCCGACCCGAACCGCCCGCCUCGGCUACGACGACCACGAUAGCCACGUCGCCGUCGCACACGAGCUCCUCCGAUCCCCGAACUCCAUCGAUGACCGACCACUCGACACCCUCCGAGAGCGCCACAGAUAACCUCCCGCCCCUGUCCGCAGCGCCGCGUCAUCGCCGCCGCGGCGAUGGCAUUGGCGUCCCUGCUGCCAAUGCUGGUCCCGGUCUGAGCACGUCCCGGGCUGGCGGCGGGGAUGCCAACGCCUACCUGCGCUCCCGUAAGAAUAGAUCCAGCGGCGGCUUCCUCCUGUCCGGCGGCCUGUUCGACAGCCCGGUUUCCGAUCAACACGGAGCUCAUAGCAGCGGCGGCAGCUCCGGCGAUCCGGGCAGCCGGAGGAGAAGACAGAACCUCAGCGAGGCCAAGGCCCGCCACAGUCUCACGCCAACGCCAAUAUCGACCGCCCCCGACACCGCGCUAUACUCGAGCCCUCCUGCAAACACCAUCUCCCCUCAGAAUGCGCUCUCUUUACCACAGCCAGAUGGCAACAACAACAAAAACAACAAUAGCUUUACCAGCGAUGCCGCAGUGCCGAGGCCUCUGGCAUUGCAUGGCCACGAUGCCGUCACGGGGCUGCCUCCAGCAACACAAGCAGCGGCCAGGCCCGCCAGCUAUGGCGGUCCCCCCAUAGCAUUCGAAGAUUAUGCACAGCGUCAUAUACGUCGAGCACCAGUAGGCCCAGCCCCAGGGACCUCGUCCUCGGCCCCAUCCACUUCCGUCUCUGCCCGGCCGUCCUCCGCUCUCGACUUGGAUUCCACCCAGAUCGUGAACAUGGCCUUGAGUCUGAGCGAGUCCAGGCGUCUUGCCGCCAGACGAAACGUCUCGCAGCCACUGGCUCCGCCAAAGCUCGCCCCGGUGCCGUCCGACGGAGGUGCGUCAAAAUUGGGAGCCGGUCUGCGGCAGCACCUUCAUCAGCAACGAAGGUCCUCCCGCAACAUAUCCCCAAUACCCGGCAGGAUCGUAUCGGCCGGCCAGCAGCGCGUCUCCAGCCCACUGCAUCCAGGCUUCGACCUUGCCGAGAUAAACGCCAGCGCUGGGAAUGGGUUUCGCUACCACUUUUCACAAUCGACUCUGGCCAGAGCCCAAAAGGCCAAGGAUUACCUCGAGCUGCUUGCCCAGCACAGGCGCCUGCUCGAGCUCGUGCCGCCGCUAAAGCCCGAAUUCGCUCGGACCAACACGUCGGGCAGCGGCCCGGGGUCACCCGUCCCAGGCCCAUCCAACCCGGCAGCCUACGCCGGCGUCGAGCUGAUGGUGAAGCUGGGCCGCGAGUACAACCCGCUGCAGUACAUCCGGAACCGCAAGGUGCGGGCCCGGGAGCGGCGAGCCAUCGAUGGUGACGGGCAAGGGUUCGGCGAUGUUGCAAACGUCACCGACUGGGUCGAUCACGUCGCGCACUGGACAGCUAUGGGGCAGAACAGGACCAUCGGCGCCAGCGCUUUGCCCCCGUUUGCCCCGGCCGAGUCUUCCACGGCCCUCGGAUCGCCGCCUGCCGGGAAUCCUAACAGGAACUCUGCGCUUAUCACGGCAAAGCCCAAAAGGCCGCGGGUCGACUGGCUCAUCGACCCCGCGGACCUGGUCGCCGACGUCUACUGGCUCGAGCAAGACGACAAUAAGAAGUGCGUCGAGGAUCGCAACUGGAGGCGCGUCUUCCCACAAGGUCCGGAGCCACUGCAACUGCAAUCCCCCGGAAAGAACCUCAACACGAUCGGGGCCCUGUUGGCCGGAACGGCGGCCGCGGCACUCGUUGCGCCGAGCUCCAUGCAGGAGGCUAUCCAGGACACAAGUACUGCGGCACCAAAGCGCUCAUCGCUACAACUCGAACGCAAGACAUCUCACGGGGGAGACCACGAACACGUCCUCAGCACUGCUAGAGAGCGGGCGCGCCAGAAGCUUCACCACCUCAGGCAUCACAGGCACAGCAGCUCGUUCGCAGGAAGCGUUGCCCACGACUUCAUGCGGCCCAGGAAGGGGUCCGUCUCGGAAGACUCCGACUCGGACAGCGAUCGCAGGAAGCGCGGCAUCGUGCGCGUAGGCACUAUCACCGCCGACGGCAAGGGCGCGCUCGAAAAGCAGAUGCUUGAAAUGAUCGCCAGGGAGAACCGUGAGAGACUGGCCCAGGCUGGCGGCCGUCCCAGCCUCGACCAGGAGGACGCGACGCCAAGGUCUAAGCCUCUCCCGACGGGCGCUUCCACCGGGAUCGCGCCCGAUAAGUCAAAGGGCUCGGUGCCAUCGUCUCUGAGCCGUGUAAACAGCCGUGCAAACAGCCGCUUCGGUUCGCGCGAAUCGAUCCAUAGCCUCACUGCGGCAGAGGAGAAGAUGGCUGCCCUUGCUGCGCUGAGGAGGGCAGUUGGAGAAUCGGAUCGUGCACCACUCUCCCUCGCCAAGGGGCCUGGGUCACCGGCCAGCCCCGGGGCAGGCCGGGAAAGCCUCGAGGUGCCCGCCUUCCUCGGGCGCCGUCCUAGGGCGCUCUCUUUCGACUACGACUCGUCCCAGCCAGCGUCGCCAGACCUGCGGCCAACGCGCGUUGGGGACGGUGCUUUUGUGCUGCCCAUCGGCAUGGAUCUGUCCCCAGUUCCCAGCCGGUCCGGGUCGCCGUCGCGUAAUCCCUUCAGCCGGGUCAAACAGAAGCUGCGGGAUCGUAGCAGGGGACGUGGCCACCCGGAUGAUAGGGACGACUGGGGUGCCGCUCCAAACACUGCAAGCUCGGCUCCAGACCAGCACGAGAAACCCCCACGCCUAACGUCUCCCCCCAUCUUGGACUCGACCCCGCCCUUGACUCUGUCUCCUGAUCACCUCGGACGGUCUCCCCCGGCAAGGAUACCGUCGCCCGUCCGCAAACUGGUGUCCAAGACGACGGGUGACAGCCACAAGACGCACAAGAGCCACCCCAGCCUCAAGAUGACCACGGAGGAGUCAUCGGGCCUGCGCGGGUUUUUCGCCAAGGGCCCGCCGCGCAUCGACAGCGUCCUACGGUCGGGCGUGUCCAAGGUCAGCGAGCUGCUGUGGAAGAAGGAGCCGUCGGCGCUGGAAGACGCCGCGGGCUCGGGAGCCGAGGCGACAGCGGUGGGCCACGCGUCCGGAGCCGACGAUGCCGUCUUCACAAACACCGACACGGACGUAACCGACGACGAGUCGAGUCGAGGCCGCGACAGAGCGCCCGUACCCAUGCACCCAGGGACCACACAGCGGGGGACGCUCAAGCGAGAAGCCAAGCACUUCCUCGACAUCAUGCCACCCUUCAGCCCACAGUCUUCGAUGGGAGGAGGCAGCGGCAAGGCAGGGCAAGACGGAUUUGACCACUCAAACAUGCCUCUUGCCCGACCGCCUAGUCAGCGGUCUCCGCGCUUUGAUAUGCUUCGUCCUCCAAGGCUCGACGUCCAGGCCGCGACGCCGUCGUCUCCCGGCCCCUCUCCAGCCAUGCGGCCGCAGCCCGACCCAGAGGGCGACGAGGAUGGGAUGGAUGCCAGCCCCGUCAAACUCGGUCUUGCGCUCACCCUAUUCAAGGACAAACAGCAGGAACGGCGCCAGGUACGUCGCAUCUCGGCCACGGACCUGGCCCUCCUAGAGCGCGGCUCGCCCCUGUCGCGGGGCGGCAAGCUGGACAGGCACGAGGUGGCGCGGCUGCGGGUGCACAUCAUGCGAUCGGGAAUCCUGGCCUCGGAGCUGGCCAAGCGCACAACUGCUGUACAGCAGUCCCGGCAGUCAUCUCGGAAGCAACAGCAGCAGAUGCUGCUGCCGCCGGCGCUGGCGGCGGCGCGGCACUGCCGGGCAGCACAACAGGCGUCGGAGGCGAUGCAGCGGUCGGCGCGGCAGUGGACGCAACAGAGUGACGCCUUCAGCGUGCACACGGCGCCGGCGCUCCUGGCCCGCGUCGACGAGGUGCGUGCCCGCGUGGCCGUCGACCUGUCAUCGCUGACGCGCGCCGCAGCCGACGAGGCCGAUGACGUGUCGCGCGACCUGGCCGCGGGACAGCGUCUCCGCGUCAAGCGCGUCAUCGACGUCAUCGAGAAGCUGCUCCGCCGCCGCCGCCGCCGCUUCCGCUGGCUGCGCCGUGCCGGCUGGCUCGCCGUCGAGUGGGCGCUCGUCGGCUUCAUGUGGUACGUCUGGGCCGUCGUCGUCAUCGCCCGCGUCUUUCUCGGCAUCGGCAAGGGCAUCGUUGGCGGUGUCAGGUGGCUACUUUGGCUUUAGGUCUUUUUUUUUUUUUUGUUCCGUUGU